CAUGGCGGGGGCGGGCAGCACGCUGGGCAAGGCCAGGAAGGGCAAGGGCGCGCCGGCGGACAAGGCGGCCGCCUCCCAGGCCAAGGCGGGGCGUUCGCCGGGAGAGUCGGGGCCUUCCCACGCCAAAGCCGGGCAGGCCCCGGGCAAGGCUGAGAAACGACCGCCUCCCCUGAAGGCUGAGCCGCCUCCUGGUAGGGCGGAGGGCCCGGACAAGGCGGCUGCAGCCAAGCCGCCAGAGGCGGAGAAGACCCCGGCCAAGUCGGUGGAGGGAGUGCCGCUGAAGACCAUCAACAGCAAGAGCCAGCUGGACAUGUUCAUCAGGGAGGCCGGCGAGCGGCUAGUGGUCAUCUUCUUCUCGGGCACCUGGUGUGAGACGUGUCAGGGCCUCAAGCCGGCCAUGAGUGAGAUGGCCCAGCUCAACAACCUGGUGAUGUUCUACGAGGUGAACGUGGACGACUCGGAGGACACGGCGGAAGCCUGCGACAUCGUGCACAUCCCGACCUUCCAGUUCUACAAGCUGGGCAAGAAAGUGGCCGAGAUCCUUGACGACAGCAAGGAAUCGGUAGAGGAGAAAAUUAAAGAAUUAAAGUAGACUUCAGUAAACAGUCCUCUCCCUUUCAGUAUUUAGAACAAACUUGCCUUCUGUUCUGAUUCCGACACU